CUCGGAUAUCUUUUAAGUUCUCUUGUUUACGUGGGUAUGUUGUUUUCCCAUUCGAAGAGCGGCAUAACCAUCGUAUGCCAACUGAUUCUUCAAAAGUGUUCCUAAAGGUUAACAGAAAUUUAGAUAUUGGUCAUCAGAAAUUUGUCGUUAACUGUGCAAAAGCCAAUAUUGGGACAAUGAAGUCGUAUCGAUUGUAUAAAGAAUUUGUUGGUGGCUAUGCAAACAUUGGGGCAACUGCAGUUGACUUCAAAAACUUCAAAAGAGACCUCAAAGCGUACAUUGAAGGUGUAGAUGCUCAAAGGCUCAUCGAUAAAUUGUUUAGGAAUCAAGCUUUAUGUUCUGCAUUCUUUUUCGAGUAUAAUGUUGACGAGACUGAUCAGUUGACCCGACUUUUCUGGUGUGAUCCUAUAGCAAGAAAGAAUUACGCAUUCUUUGGGGAUGUCAUUUCGUUUUAUGCGACCUAUGGGACAAAUAGGUACAAUAUGAUUUUCACGCCCUUCACAGGUGUGGACAACCAUAAGAAAUGCGUCACUUUUGUUGCUGGUCUUCUAUCUAAGGAGGAUGUUGAGUCGUAUGUAUGGAUUUUUACUCGCUUCCUCAAUGCAAUGCAUCGUGAACCUAAUUGCAUAGUUACUGAUCAAGAUCAUGCUAUGCGUAUUGCCAUCGAUAAUGUUUUCACUCAUGCACGUCACAGAUAUUGUAUGAGGCACAUUAUGAAAAAGGUUACUUCAAAGGUUGGACUGGUUUUGAGUCAUAACGAGGAUUUCAUGUCCAAGCUCAAUUCUGUUGUUUGGACUAACUUCCUGGAGCCAAGUGACUUUGAAAGUAGAUGGUUGUCUGUUAUGAAAGAGUUCGAGUUGGUUAAUCAUGAAUGGUUUUCACACAUGUUCUCUAUACGUAAGUUUUGGAUUCCAUCGUAUUUUAGAGAUUUAUUUAUGGGCGGUUUACUUAGAACAACUUCAAGGUCUGAAAGUGAGAAUAGUUUUUUUGGAGAAUUUAGUAAUCCACAUUUCAGUUUGGUUGAGUUUUAUAUGCAGUAUGAAUGUGCAAUGGACUCGCAACAUCAUACAAAUGAUAAAUUGAAUGGGAGUUCUGAAUGUUAUGUUCCGGUUUAUAAAACUCCACUUUCACUUGAGAGGCAUGCAUCUGAGCUAUACACAAUAUCUUUAUUUUAUGAAGUUCAAUCACAAUGCAAAUUUGUGUUGCGUGCUUUUCUUGUUCUGUCUCACGAGUGACACAUGGUGAUGGAAAUGUCGUAUAUGAUAUUAGUGAUGAG